AAACUUGUCAUCUCCAAGUUUCAUUAUUAAAAUCAGAUGUUGUCAAUCUUUAUUCAAGAAAAAUAAAUAAAAUUUAAAAAAAAUAUAUAAAUUUUAUUAAUAAUGGGAGAUUCAACAACAAAGGAUUCCCAAAUUCAGCGACCUAAAAUCAAGCACGAUUGGUAUCAAACAGAAACUCAUGUUGUGAUUACAGUACUUGUAAAAAAUGUUGAAGAAGAACAAUUAAAAGUUAAUUAUUGUGAACGUGCUCUUAGUUUGAGUAUAAAUCUUCCAAAUACCGAAAAUGAAUAUAGUUUGGAAUUGGAUUUAGCUCAUGAAAUCGUUCCAGAUCAUUGUUAUUAUAGAAUUUACUCAACAAAGAUAGAAAUUAAAUUAAAAAAGAAAGAAGGAAUUCGAUGGACAAAUUUAGAAGGUGAUCCGGAUGUGGUUGCGGCAAAACCUAUCCCUAAAGAAAUUUUGAAUGCAUCGACAACUAAUACAACAACAUCAGUUCCAAAAUAUCCUAGUUCUUACAAAAAAGCAGUCGAUUGGAAUGCUGUUGAAAGACAAAUAAAAGAAGAGGAAAAAUUGGAAAACCCAGAAGGAGAGGAAGCAUUAAAUAAAAUGUUCCAAGAAAUAUAUGGAAAGGGUUCUGAUGAAGUUAAAAAGGCAAUGAAUAAGAGUUUUUUGGAAUCGGGUGGAACGGUUCUUAGUACAAAUUGGGGUGAAGUUGGAAAUAAACAAGUGGAUGUUAAACCACCGGAUGGAAUGGAAUUUAAAAAAUGGCAGAAUUAAAAAAAAGACUUGCAUGUGUAUUUAAAUUUUUUAAUUUUGUAUGAUAACGUAAAAUCAAUAGGUUCCCGUUUAUUAUUAAUAUUCGAUCAAUUAAAAUUAAUUUACGAUAAAACAAUUAAUUAAAAAUUAUUAAAUUU